AUGGAGUUUCUGCUGGAGAAUAAGCCGCUCCUAAUAGAGAUUCUGUCAGAGGAACCCGGCAAUAUUCUCCAGUACGCCCAUUCAAAGAAACUAGUGGAGCAGCGUGAAUACAACAUCCUCUCCCACCUGCAAUCCAGUCAGCCUCCAGAGACUACAGUCAUCAAGCUACUGGACAUGCUGAGAGAGAGAGGAGAGAAGUACUGCCAUGGUUUUGUGGCCCUCCUGCAUAAGCAAGAGAUCAUCGCAAACUUCCCCAGACUCAAAGAGCUGGACUGGACCACCUUCAAAGACUCUAGUGCCCCUGACCCACCCCCAGUCCCACCAAGCAUCAGAGCAGCAGAGAGUCGCAGCGACCUUGAUGGGAGGGUCAAGGAUGUGGCUCUAGCUGACCUUCAAGAGGACAAAGAAAACACAGAAAAUGCUGUAAAACAGAAGGUGAACGUUACAGUGGAGGUGAUUCAGAAACUGAAAGAGGGCCAUUGUAAAAUGAGAUUUAACAAAAGCAUGCCCAUGGUGGAAUACCUAGUCGGUCAUAUUGUAGAUGAUUCAACAACACUCACAAACCUGACCGUGUGGGGUCGUGAAAACACGGUCGAAGAGGGGAAAUGGUACCGGGUCACCAAUGUUUCUGUUGCUAAGUAUGGGGGUAAAACCGUGCUGAACACAACACCAGAAUCUACUCUCGUCAACGUGGCCAGUGGUAGGAAAUGUGAUCUGCCACACAACAUGGUGCAGCCUGAGAAGUUUGAGGGGAAAAUCAUUGGAUGCUGGUUGUCCCAAGAGUACACUUGCCCAGAAGCGCACCAACUGGAGAGCGUGGACACCACUGAAAAGAUGGUGACUUGUAAGCAUUGCCCUAUGUCGUACAUACUAUCCCUGAUGGGAAGGACAACUAGAGGGAAGCUCUCCAUACAAUCUGAUGAUCUGGUCAGCCGGGUGUUCACUGUAGAGGACCAUGUCAUCAGAAAUGUUCUGCGAGGAAGGUGGGAGGGCAGAGAGUCUCUGAAGGACAUUGAGGACGCGCUGGUCGAACUGCCACCAGUGACAGUUACUGUUCUCAAUGGUCAUGUGUCAACCGUUACAACUCAAAGAGUCAGGAUGUCACCACACAGGAUGAGAAGAGGAAUAUUACUGCGCAACAGCGCGUUUAGUCUGGACUGAUGGUUUUGUUUAACCUUUAUCUAACUAGGUAAGUCAGUUAAGAACAAAUUCUUAUUUACAAUGACGGCCUACCAGAAGGCAAAAGGCCUCCAGGGGGACGGGGGAUUAAAAUAAAGACAUAGGGGCGUGGUUCCUUUAGUCAUUUUGAUAUCACCUGGGCCACUGCUUCAAUAUGUCUUAAAUGAAAAACGGCAAGCUGAAAAUGUAAAUAGAUUGAUAAUAAAAAAAAAAAAAAAAAUUUAAAACGUUUCUUUUUAUUAUGUGUC